AUGCCAUCUUAUCAGUAUACGGAUAUCAAGGUCGAGGUGAAGGGCCAGAUUGGGAUUAUCAAAUUCAAUCGACCCAAAUCGCUCAAUUCAUUUGGUGGAAACUUGCUUGUCGAUACCGUACAUGCUGUGAAAGAGCUCGAUGAUAACCCUAAUACUGUCUUCACAGUCUUGACGGGUGAGGGCCGUUUCUUUUCAGCCGGUGCUGAUGUUCGAGGCUCACGGCCAUUGGAUGAAGACAUGGCCGAUCUCACGAAAACCCAGCUAAAGCUUCUCCAUUUGGCUCGUUUCACCAUAAUGAUUGAAUUGAUGAGAUCUCUUAUCGACCACAAAAAAGUGUUUGUCCUGGCCCUGAACGGCCCCGGUGUUGGUGGAGGAGCAGCCUGGUUCCAGGGCAUUGCCGAUAUCAUCCUCGCAUCCGAGACAACAUAUCUACAAGUCCCGUUCAAUUCAUUGGCCUUGGUUCCCGAAUCCGGAGCUUCUACCAACCUGGCUAGACAUAUGGGCGUUCAUCGCGCGAAUGACUUCUUGAUGUUUGGCCGGAAGCUCACAGUCCAGGAAUUGGAGAGUUGGGGAUUGGUUAACCGCGUAUUUCCCGUUGAAGGCUUCCAUAACUCGGUCAUUGAGUUUCUGGAGAAGCAGCUUGAUGUCAACGAUGGUGUCAGUAUGAUGGAGACGAAGCGGCUACAAAAUCUGCCGCUUAGGAGCGAGCGCAUCUUGGCCGUUUACAAUGCGACCGAUGCUCUUUCGGAGAGGCUUGCUAGUGGUGCACCGGCUGCGCGGUUCCGGGCGAAGAAGGCUGAACUUGAAGCGAAAUCCAAGUCCCGACUUUAG